CUGGACCCGGUGUUGUCGAAUUUUGGAAAAAACUUCCUGACGCAAAAAUAAUCUUCCCGAUUCCAGAAGAUAUGGAUAAAGCUGAACUAAAUGCUCUGGAAUCUUACUCUACGAUCGAAAACAACUAUGUCUUUCUAAAUAAAGGUGUGACUACUGAUUCAGACGGCAUGCUAUACGAUAACAGGAAGAAAACAGAUGUGAAAUUGCCAUCAAUACUAAUGAAUGACUUUGGAGGGAUGCUGUGUCUACCGGAUGAAAGUGAUCGCGAAAACAAUGGCCCGGCCUCUACUGGUUGUACGAUUACUGGUACACCCG